GUUUCCUUUUACAACCACCGCCCGCACACUCCCAUCCCACACACCCAAUUACAUUUCCAUCCGUAGUCAACCACACCAAUCCUCAUCACCAUGGCCUCAUCCAUCCUGCGCUCACGCGCCCUCGCUGCCUCGCUCAGAGCCCCCGCCCUCGCCCCGCGCACGUACGCGACGAUCCCCAACCCCACACAGCCCACCGACUCGCCCGAGCCGUCCGACGUGCCGACCCCCAAGGGCUCCGGCUCGACCUUCUGGCUGCUCGUGGGCGGCACCGCCGCCGCCGUCGGCGGCUGGUACUACAUGCGCGAGGGCCAGCCCGACAUCCACGCGAAGCGCAAGGCAGACCAGGAGGAGGCGCUCGCGAAGGCGCGCGAGCUCACCGCCGCGGGCAAGCGCACCGUGCAGGACACCGUCCGCGAGGGCGAGAAGGGGUACGAUCAGCUGAAGGCCUCGGGGACGGAGAAGGUCAAUGAGGCGCGCGCGAAGACGAACGACUACGUGAACGGCGCGCGGAGCACGGUCGAGAGGCAGUACGACGCGGCCAUGACGUCCGUCGGGAACACGUACACCGCCGCCGCACACACGGUGGAGGAGGCCGAGGCGCGCGCGAAGGCGGCUGCCGAGGGCGCGAAGCAGGCGACGCAGAGCUGGGGCGCGUGGCUCGGGAGCUGGUUCGGCUAUGGCAAGAGCAAGGUGGACGAGACGAAGCGCGAGGCCGCCGCGCAGGUGGCAUCGGGCGCGAGCAAGGUCGAGAAGGAGGCGGAGAAGCGAGCAUGAGGCGGAGCUGCACUGUGUAUGAUGGACUUGAGAAGGAUCGCGACGUUGUACAACAGCCUACACCCGGUUUGUGACCCGCACAUAUGUACUUCAGCGGAGCGUCCUGCGAAUCGGGCGUGUAUUGUCAUCGAUAUUCUCAAAAUAUGUUGUAGCC